ACUACUACUACUACAACUUUAUUUUUAUACCCCUCCUCCAUCUCCCUGAAAGGACUCAGGACAGCUUACAUAGGGACAAGCUGGAUCAACAUAGUUAAACUAUAACACACUAAAAUACAUAAACAGUAUAAAACAGAAUAAAACAACAUUAUAACAGAAUAUAAAAGCAACCAUCGAAUCCACAACCAAUGAACCUAAAAUAAUAUCGAUUUCUGGACACGGGCGGGUGGACUGUGCAAAUCAAUUGUGAGGAUUUUUAAUGUCGUGUCAAGGCAACCAGUCAAUUAUAUUACAUUUCUAGCAGAACAAAGCAAACAAACAGACAAAAUACAAAAUUUGUGAGUUUGGUAGUUGGUUAAAUGUCCUUUGACCAGUAGCUGACCACUUGGAGUGCUUCUGGUGUUGCUGCAAGAAGGUCCUCCAUUGUGCAUGUGGCAUGUGCAUGCACAAUUGUGAGGAUAAGGCUGAUGGAUAAAGUGCAUAAGUCAAAAAGCAAAAUUAGGGGUGGAGGGCAAUGUAAAAUGGAACAUUAUAUCUUUGGGAAGAGAACAGUAGUAAAGUGCAAGGAUGGGAUUUUGGGUCAUAGCUGGGGCCAAGUUAUCUGGGGAAUUGUCUAGUCAAAAUCACAGCAGAACAUCCACAUUUUUAGAUCUUUACAAAAAAUGGACAUGGUGGGUGCUAACCAAAUCUCCCUGGAGAGGGAGUUCCAAAACCAGAGGGCCACCACCGAGAAGGCACUCUCUCUUGUUCCCAGUAACCUUGCUUAUGAUGGGGGUGGGAGUGAGAGGAGAGCCUCCCUGGAAGAUCUUGGAGAUCAUACAGGUUUGUAAGGGAAGAUGCAGUUGCAAAGAUAGGUAGAUCCCGAACUGUCUAGGGCUUUAUAGGUAAUAACCUGUACCUUGAAUUGGGACUGGAAACUUUUUGGCAGACAGUGGAGCUUUUUAAAUGGGAGGGUUGACAGGCAUCCUCAGAGGCUGUUGAAAAAAGUGAGGUUUAUGUAUCUGAUAUAUACAACAGACCUCACAGCCUCUGAGAAUGCCUGCCAUGGAUAUGGGAAAAGCAUCAGGAGAUAAUGCUUGAGGAACAUGGGCAUAUAGCCCGGAACACAGCAACCCAAUGAUUCCAGCCAUGAAAGCCUUCGACAACACAAUAACCCUGAGUUUACAAGACCCGUGGAGGGUAAUAGACUGCUUAUUUUUACUAUUAUUCUGGGGCCGCGGGGGCAUGACAAUAUUCUACAUAUACAUAAAGGUAUGUGCUGCACAGAAUUCAGCAUUAUACAGUAUUAUCUCCUAAACAUUUGAACAUAUCAAUCAGAGUAGCUCCAUCUUACUGUUGAAUUUAGGACUCACUCACUUAUUUGUAAGUAUCAUCUGGAUUAUUGAUGUGUGUCGCACAGAAAUAAGUGUUUGGAUUGAAAGGAAUGGUUAUCUGUUUUAAAGGAGACAUCUACCAAUCACAAGGAUAAGUUACACAGAACAGUUCUGAAAGUCAUUUUGGGCGAAACAGCCUAUAAAUAAAACAGGGUAAUACUAUGUUUCUGAAUGGAAAUGUCCUUCACACUUUUGCACAAAUGAGGAACUGGGAACUCAUCCAUUUAUCACUUUCAGCAUGAUGUAAACCUCUGGUGCAUGGGUACUGCAAAGAGGAACAUGCUGGCGACAUACCCAUUUGAGAACCAUCAUUCUCACACUGCCUCCAAUCAUGCUAUUGUGCCCUUAAGCGUUGCUUUUCCUUUCCUCUUUUUCCAUCUUAUCCAUUUUCUUGAACCCCAGCUCCUUCCUUUCUUCAGGCUUAGUAAAAAAAUUGUCCCAUUCUCCCGAAUAUUUUUGCAUAGAGUGUUAGCAAAGAGGUCAUGCCCCUCCCCUCUCUCUUUCCUUUCCUUUCUCUGUGAAUACUCUUUUUUCUAUUGGAGGGGAUAAUUCUGCUGACAAUUGAAGGAGGAAGUUAUGCAGAGAGACUGACCCAAAAGAAGGGCAUAUUUCCUAGGCAACUUGUCACAACAAUCAGUCAUUAAACAGAAAACGAUUUGUUAAGUGUUAAUAGUUUUUCUGUCUUUCCUUUUUCUUGCUCAACAGCCAAGUGCAUUAUUCUUGCAACUCAACAGUUCUUGGCUACUAUCAUAAAAUAUCUUCUGCAACAUAGUGGAAGAAAACAAAGCUAACAUUUCAGGUGUCAAAUCCCAGAAGUAAGUGUAUUUCUCUUCCCUUUCCCUCUUUACAGGAACUAGAGGCUUUGCUGUAUCUGUAUGCAAAAGAAGACUGGAUGCAGCAGGAAAGGUUAUAAGGGUCCUCAAGUCCUCCUCGCUGUCCUCUGUUCAAAACAUUCAAAAUGGCGGCGCUUUGGGCCAAUAGCAUGCGGACCGCAGCGGUAGCUCUUCUGCGGCCUCGCCCAAGCCCAGCCUCCAUCUCCCUGGCUGCGGGCUACCACGAGAAAGUUGUGGACCACUAUGAAAACCCCCGGAAUGUGGGCUCGUUGGAUAAGAACGCCAAGAAUGUGGGCACUGGCCUGGUGGGUGCCCCGGCUUGUGGUGAUGUCAUGAAGCUGCAGGUUGAAGUGGAUGAAAACGGCAAAAUCAUUGACGCCCGCUUUAAGACGUUUGGAUGUGGAUCAGCCAUUGCUUCCAGUUCUUUGGCAACUGAGUGGGUGAAGGGCAAGAUGGUUGAUGAAGCCUUGAAGAUCAGGAACACGGACAUUGCCAAGGAGCUCUGCCUCCCUCCGGUCAAAUUGCACUGCUCUAUGCUGGCAGAGGAUGCCGUUAAGGCCGCUUUGGCCGAUUACAAGCUGAAGCAAGGAUCGAAGGGGCCCGAGCCAAAGCAGAAUGUGGCCAGAGCUUAGAAGCUUUCCUGUCCUCCUCAGAAAGCCUCCCCUAUACCUCUCUGGAAAAGCUCUUUGCAUAAAGACUUGAAGCAACAAGAACAAAAAAGAGACCCUAUUAAUGAAUGGAUUAUUAUCUAACAAUAGGUGGCAUACAUUUACUGUUAUUUUUUAAUAUAUAUAUAUAAUCCAAUUAAAAUGAGACACAGACAUGUAAAGCAGGUUUCCAAAUACAAGGAGGAAAAUAAAAGCUGGGGAAAAAAUCUGUCACAGUUCAAGCCAAAAGAGGCCAGCAAUAUUGGCCAACAUCAUAGUCUGAAAGUUGAGUUUAGAAAAACAAAAAAACUAAACAGAGUUAUAAGGAUCAUUUUUAUACUGCCAAAAACUACCUGGAACCAAUUAAUCUUACAAAAGAUAUCUACUGACCAACAUCAUUUGUACUGUUUCUUUCCAAAGACAAGAACUUGGAGUUUUGCAUGAUUAUUAUUCUUACUUUGUUUGCAGCAUUAUCCAAGUCUGAAUGACAAGCCUACACCUCUAAAAAGUAUUAUAUUAUCCACAUAAAGAAGAACAGAAGACUUAAUGGAAAUCAUUUGAAGGUGGAAAGAAUAAAAGACCAGAUGGACUACACCGUGAUUUAGUUAAUUAAAAAACUGAAAACUAUAGAAGCCAAGUGUGAUGAAGCAUUGAAUUUUAAUGUAAGUUAAGCGUAGUUAUGUAUAUGUGUCUCUACAGUUAAAUAUGAUUGUAUGUGUAUAUAUAUAUGCUUAGAUGGUUGAAUAUUAUUAUAUGAAUGUGUUCAGGAGGUAAAAU